AUGAAUAUUGCCGUUUCCUGCUACGAUACCGAUCGCGCCUUGAAUGAAUGUGAAUGCCGUGAUCCAUUGAAAUUCUAUGCUAUUGAGGCGCUCCUGACGAAAUCCUCGAAGCCGGCUACACCGCGACCUCCACCAACCCAUUAUGUUCGGGCGAUCGUCAAGGAGCGCAUCUUCGACACGAUACUCGGAGAGGAAGUGAAAUUUGUUCAUCAAAGAGCUAUGCAGUCGGUCAGCGUCGGCAGGAGAGCCCAGCUGCAGGCCACGCCUCGACGACUGAUGAUAUUCUGCGAGGGUCACCAUGGGAACGAAAACACCGUCCUACUGGAGCGUGCUGGCCUACGGAGUACCAUCAAGACGCGCCUCAUACAUGUAGCUUUCGUACUCGUACGGUUCCUUUCUGGAAGUUUCAUGGAGACAGGUGUCAGCGUCGUUGAGAGGAAUCGAAUCAAAAAGAUUGGAAUUAUACUGAAGGGCACCCCCAAAUUGGUCGUCGUAUAUGAGCGUGAUAGAAGGUUCCGUAGGAGAUCAAUGCCAGUCAGAGGUAUUUACCGGAACAGCGAUCUGAAGAUCAUCACGGCCGAGCUGUCGAAAAAACAUGAUGUCCUCGGGGAACUACAAAGUCUACAAAUCGAGAAGUUACUUUCCAUAGUGCAGGAGACGGUCCGAGGGAGCUCGGUGAAGGAUGCGAUCGCCUUUGCCACAAAAAAGUACUCUCUCGAUCCAGAGGAAGAUCUCAAUGUACUCGACGAUAAGGCUCUCGAAGUGAAGAAAGAGUUGAUGUCUUCGAGCUUCCAGAAAAACUCUGUGAAGCCAGGGGAUCCAAAUUUCAAAUAUGAUGUUGAAGUCGACUUCAACACCUUCGAAACUUCCGCUGGCUGGGAUAGCGACAGCGACGAAGUUGUCGAUUUCUGA